GAUAAUAGCAAGCUAGCGCAUAUUUCGCCAUGGGUUUCUUAGGUGCAUUACUUAGAACUAUUAUAGUUUUAACCAUUUUCUUUGGAGCUUUGUUCCUACUACCCGGAUUACCUCCUAACACUACUUUUCCUUUUAAAGAAUAUGUUAUUAAGCCUCCUAGAGAACUGAAGGGAACUCUGCAGCCAAACUCUUACCUCAAUGGAGCGGAAAAGUUGUGGAAAGAUCAGGUCCUUGGACCAGAGGGUCUUCUAGCACUUAAUGACAAGAUUUAUACUGGUAUUCAUGGUGGAGAGCUCCUUCGACUAAAUAAUGCUGAGUCUAUUCAGUCUAUUACAAAAAUUGGUCAACCUUGUGAUUACAUAUUUGAUGAUGAGCUAUGUGGUUAUCCUGUGGGCCUGGCUAUUGAUACCCAAGGAAACAAUCUGAUUGUAGCCGAUUCAUAUUAUGGAAUAUGGCAAGUUGACCUAAGCACCCAGGAGAAGACUAAUUUGGUGUCGUCGCAGGAAAUUCUACCUGGGAAGAGUGUUAAUCGUCGUGCCAGGCUUUUUAAUUCGUUAGCAGUUAGCAGUCAAGGUGACAUCUACUGGACUGAUUCUUUGUCCGAUGACUUAGUUUUGGCACCCUUCGCUAACCCGUCGGGUCGACUUUUCAGAUACAAUCGCGAAAAGAAGACAAACGAGGUGCUCCUGGAUGAGUUGUCCUUUGCCAAUGGCUUGGCCCUAGGUCCCAGUGAAGAAUUUAUAAUCCUGGCCGAAACGACGGCCAUGCGGCUGACCAAGUACUAUCUUAAAGGAUCUCGGGUGGGUCAAAGCGAAGUCUUUGUGGAGGGCUUACCUGGCUGGCCGGAUAACCUUACUCCUGAUAAUGAGGGAAUUUGGGUACCUUUGUGCGUGUCUUCAGAUAGUGAGAAUCCAAAUUUGUUCGGCGCGCUGGCACCUUAUCCUAGGUUACGAUUUUUCCUUGCCCGUCUGAUGGCUCUAAUGCAACUUCCCUUUCGGAUUUUAAACAAUCUAUAUCCAAACGAUAUUUCGGCUCGUCUUUUCCACGCGUUCAAUGAGAUGGCCAUUAGCAAUGCUCCCAAUCGAAGUACUGUAGUUCGUUUGGACUGGAAUGGAAAUAUUGUAAAAUCUUUGCAUGGAUUUGAUAGAACUGCUUCUGGAAUAUCUCAUGCUUUGGAACUUAAAGGUCACUUGUACUUGGGAUCGGCAUUUAACCAAUAUAUUGCUAGAGUGAAACUACCCGAUGAAAUAGCAAAAUCUGAAGGAAUCAAAACUAAUUAGUAUGAGAUUAAACUUAAAAACCUAAGUCGCUUUUCCUAAUGCUAUUUGUUAUUGGCUUUAUUCCUGCUACCCGGAUUACCACUUCCUUUCAAGAAGUAUAUGUAGCUGGUUAUUUUUAGUCCUUCCCAUAUACAUAUGUAUAUAACAGUGUAGUCUCUUAGAGAACUAAAGAGACCGUUUCAACUGAAUUUUUACCUGAAUAGUGCAAGACAUUUGUGGAAGGUUUAAGUUUUCCCACAUGAGAGCCUUAUAUGGCCAACUUUAAAUAAAUAUAACCAGAUCAGAAAUCCAUUUAUAAAUACGCAAAAUAACUAAAAUUUUAUAUAUAUUUUUUAAAGAAUUUUAGAGUCGAGGAACAAAAGAAUGCUGAUUUUUGUGGUGAAAUUGAAAAUAAAAUUAUUUUAAAAAAUUAUAAUCAAUUUCUAAAACAGAGUAAUUCGAUUUUUAAGGAAUUACAAAGAUAAAUUUAAUAAAUAUAGUAUUUAAUCACAACGGAUCCAGUUUCAUUAUGUUGAUAUAUUUUGUAAAAUAUAGGUAAGGAGCAAUUGCACAGAACAUAGAUGGUUGGCUUUUUUGUCUAGCUAACAAUAAAACAUAUUCUAUUUAACUA